AUGAGCGUCUCGACACCAACACGCCGCCCCUUCCACGGCUCCUGCCACUGCGGCUUCAUCAAAUACAUCGUCUUCCUCACACUCCCGCACAAACCGCCCUCAAUCGGCACGCCCCCUCCUACUGACCCGUCCCGCUCCCAUCAGGAGUUCUAUCGCUGCAACUGCACAACCUGCCACAAGGCCGGCCACUUCCACAUGCGCAUGGCCUGGGCCCCCGAGGACUUCAUGCUACUCUCCCCGCUAGAUCCCAUGGCCGAGCUUGGAGACUACACCUGCAACUCCGGACUCGUCCACUGGCUCUUCUGCAAGACGUGCGGCGGGAGGUGCUUCGUCUUUGAGGGCGAGUGGGAGACAGCCGAGGUGGACCUGGACGAGAUGGGCGUCAAGGACAGGGAUGGGGGCAAGAUGGGCAAGAGGACCAUCUGGCGGCCCAAGGCCGAUGGCUGGAGCGAGCAGAGAGAAUGCGGGUGCUAUCUCAGUGUGAAUGGGUAUACCGUCGAUGCGGCGCAGGAGGGGUUUGAACUGGGUGAAUUCAUAACCAACAGAUGGGUCGCGUACGUAGACUGCCUUGAGCUCAAUGGUCCGGAGCGAGAGCCGCGGUAUGAUAAGCCUUACAAUGGCGGCGCCUUCUGAAGAAUGCCUUCAACUCGAAGUGAGGGCUGGAGAUAAAAAGCAUCAAAAAAUUUAUAUGCAUUGUGUAACUC